AUGUAUCUUAAGAGGAAGCAGCACGAUCUGCCAUCGGCCAUCCCAAAAGCUCACGAAAAGGUGGAUCGGAGACAUGGAAAGCGGUCGCUUCCUCCUGAAGCAUCAUUGCAGGAAACGGAGAGGGAGGACGAUUUCGCCUUCUACGAGUCCUCCUUCUCCGUGACCGACGUCUCGGCGAUGGUCGCGGCUCUGAGCCAGGUCGUUUCCCCCAUCGACGAUUCCCCGAGCUCGACCGACCACCCGGCAGCGCCGGUACAAGAGGAGCAUGGGGACCCUCCUCAGCAAGCUCCGGAUCAAGGGAAGAUGUCUGGUGAGAUGGACCACUUUCAGUUGUAUGUAACGCCCCUGUCCAAGAGUAACUGGAGCUGUAACUUCUGCGGGAAUCAGUAUCAUGGAGGCACAACGAGGAUCAAGGCCCACUUUUCCGGAAUUGCGUGGUUUGGGACGCCUUACUGCAAGUUCGUCCAUCCGCAAGUGAGAUCAGCAGCCCUUCUGGAGUUGCUGGGUGAAGCAGCUGUGGAAUCGAGCAAUGGAGGAGGCAGUGUUGAAGAGGAUCCGAAUCAGCCAGCAACCACACUCACUGCCCCGUCAUCAUCGGCCUUUCCUCCAUUGCCUGAGACGAAUUUUCUCAAUCGGUCUCCUCCUGCAGCUGUGGCAUCAAGCAACGGAGGAGGCAAUGUUGAAGAGGGUCCACGUCAGCCGGCGACUGCAAUUGCUGAGGGUGAAUUCUCACUUUGGCAAUGGCCCCCAUGCUCAAGCUCAUCGGCCUUUCUUCCACUGUUCCCAAGCUCAAGCUCAUCAGCCCCUUUGCCCAAUCAUCCUCUUCCUGCUCAAAACAUGAAUCCACAGUGGGACAUCUCAUCCUGGCAGUGGCAACAACCUCCUCAAUCUCUUGCUGCUGAUUCUGACAUACAGCUGCGGUUUUUGAGUUAUCCUGACAGUCCCCAAGACCUCGUGCCCAAAACUUUGACUGACAUGCCACACCCAGCGAAUGCAGAAGAGGAACAACCUGAUACAGAGGUUCCACAAGGAGGAAAUGAAGGCAGGAUGGACAUUACUAACAGCAUUUUCGAUGAAUGGGUGAAGCUCAAUCACUCUCCCGAUGGUGGCAUUGGAUGGCGUACUAAUGGUAAGAUCCAUGUAUCAAAUAGAGUAAUUGGUAAGGGAAGUAAUGGGACCAUUGUCCUCCAGGGCUACUACGAAGGUCGAUGUGUUGCAGUGAAACGCCUUGUCUGGGAUCAUCAUGAUGUUGCCUUCAACGAGAUUAAGCAUUUGAUAUUAUCCGACCGCCAUCCAAAUAUCGUUCGGUACUAUGGAGUGGAGUGCAACAAUGAUUUCGUGUAUCUUGCUCUAGAGCGCUGCACUUGCAGCUUAGAUGAUUUAAUUCAAGCACAAACAGAUUCUUCAAUUAACUCUGUCCACCCUGAUGCUCCAGCAUCAAUGAUCGAUUAUAACUAUAAAUUGGGUUCCGUUAGGGAUGCGAUGCAGGAUAUUGAGUUGUGGAGGGCAGAUGGACAUCCCUCACCUUUGUUGCGGAAAAUGAUGAGGGAUGUGGUAUCAGGACUCGCUCAUUUGCAUGUCUUGGGAAUAAUCCAUCGGGAUUUAAAGCCUCAAAAUAUCUUGAUUUCUAAGAAUCAAUCAUUGGUUGCUCAUCUAUCUGAUAUGGGCAUUAGCAGAUGCCUUCCUGAAGAUAAAUCUUCCUUGGGAUAUCAUGCCACCGGUUGUGGAAGCUCAGGAUGGCGAGCACCUGAACAACUUCUUCAUGGUGGGCGCCAAACACGUGCAAUGGAUUUGUUUAGUUUAGGUUGUGUCUUGUUCUUUUGCAUCACUUGUGGAAGACAUCCAUUUGGUGAACCUUUAGAACGUGACUACAACAUCGUGAACAACAGAAUGAACCUCUCCUCAGUGGAAUUCAUACCAGAAGCUGUGGAUCUGUUUUCACGUUUACUAGUCCCCAAUCCUGAAUUGAGGCCAAAGGCAUGGGAGGUGCUUCACCAUCCAUUUUUUUGGAGUUCAGAGAUAAGGCUGUCUUUUCUUCGUGACGUCAGUGAUAGAGUAGAAUUGGAAGCUAGGGCACCCAAUUCAGAUCUUCUGGUAGCACUGCAGAGCACUGCGCCAGACGUUUUUCAAGAGAAUUGGGCCAGCAAAAUAGAGACUGAUGUUAUGGCCGACCUACGCAGACGGAGGACUUAUGAUGGUAGGCGGGUCAGAGACUUAUUGCGAGCUGUCCGAAAUAAGUUUAGCCAUCACAUGGAAGCUCCAGAAGAUGUUAAGGAGAUCCUCGGACCGGUUCCCGAUGGUUUGGAUGCUUACUUCGCUGUACGAUUCCCGAGACUCUUGAUUGAGUCGUACAAAGUGGUGUCCAAUUUCUGCAAAGAAGAGACAUGCUUUCAGAAGUACUUUUCAAGUAAUGCGCUUUGA